UUUUUUUUCCGCGAAAGAAGUUUGCUUUGGCCACGCCUCAAGGCUGCCGCCUCCUCCGCCCCUGGACGCACACCUCUGGGUGCAUAUUGCAAAGCUCCUUCCCUUGCGAGAACUGCAAAAUUUGCAAGAGCCAGGCUCGCCCACCUGAUACAGAAGGAACGCGAGCCUGUGUCCCUUGGGCAUCCUCAGUAGCAAAGAGCCAGCUGCUUGAUUUGGUGACCCACUCGCCCAGACUAUAGGAUCAUCCCGGGACACUCUUGGAGUUGCACGUUUCUAAAACGCGGACAGCAGACCUCCGAGCGCUCCUAGAAUUCGCGACGUUCUGAUCCUGGAAGGCUUGUACGCUGCGCUCGCCCGGCCCUGGGCACACAUCCGUCUGAACCAAAGGAGUGUGCCAGUGACCAGCAUAUCAUCUCUUCGUUUCUCCAUGAGCUCAUGAACCUGGGGGCAGGUGCCCAGCGAUGGCGCGGCCUCUGAGCGACAGGACCCCGGCCCCCCUGCUGUUGGGCGGCCCGGCUGGGGCCCCCCCUGGCGGGGGAACGUUGCUUGGGUUGCGGAGCCUUCUGCAGGGGACAAGCAAGCCCAAAGAACCAGCCAGCUGUAUCCUGAAGGAAAAGGAGCGCAAGGCGGUCCUGCCCUCAGCUCCUGUUCCGGGGCCCGGCCUGGAAACGGCGGGUCCAGCCGACGCCCCAACCGGGGCGGUGGGUGGCGGCGGGUCCCCGCGGGGGCGCCCGGGACCGGUGCCUGGCCCGAGUCUGUUGGCGCCGCUGCUGUGGGAACGCACGUUGCCUUUCGGCGACGUGGAGUACGUGGACCUGGACGCCUUCCUGCUGGAGCACGGGCUCCCGCCGAGCCCGCCGCCCCCCGGGGGCCUGUCACCGGUGCCCUCUCCUGCGCGCACGCCUGCGCCCUCCCCGGGGCACGGCUCCUGCGGCUCCUCUUCUCCCCGCUCCUCGCCGGGGCACGCCCCCGCCCGGGCCACCCUGGGAGCCGCCGGCGGCCAGCGCGCAGGCUUGACCUCUAGGGACACACCCAGUCCUGUGGACCCAGACACAGUGGAGGUGUUGAUGACGUUUGAACCGGACCCAGCUGAUCUCGCCCUUUCAAGCAUUCCAGGCCAUGAGACUUUUGACCCUCGGAGACACCGCUUCUCAGAGGAGGAACUGAAGCCUCAGCCAAUCAUGAAGAAGGCAAGGAAAGUCCAGGUUCCCGAGGAGCAGAAGGAUGAAAAGUAUUGGAGCCGGCGGUAUAAGAACAAUGAGGCAGCCAAGAGGUCCCGGGAUGCCAGGAGACUCAAGGAGAACCAGAUCUCGGUGCGGGCCGCCUUCCUGGAGAAGGAGAAUGCCCUGUUGCGGCAGGAGGUGGUGGCUGUGCGGCAGGAGCUGUCUCACUAUCGCGCUGUGCUGUCGCGCUAUCAGGCCCAGCAUGGGGCGCUGUGAGGUUGCCCUUCACCUGCCCAGGGCCGAGCCCUAUUCCUUACUCAGACUUAUGCCCGGACACCCUCCUCCCUCCCUGCCCCAGCUAACAUCUGGCCAGCAGGGAGCCCCAGGGACGUGAUGAUGCAGACAAAUACAUUUAUAUUUUUAAGAAAAAGUGAGCCUCCCCCCUCCCUAGAGGGGGUGGGGAGGGUCCUGUGUGUGUACUCCCUGCACGAGCCUCCCAAACCGCCUCCGUCAACACCAACCUGAAUAAAUCUUGAGAACCCCA